GAGGAGAAGCAUACGAGUAGUAGCGAUCAGUAUCCUAAAAGCGUCUCUUCUCGAUGAACCAUGGAGCGCGCUUCUCGCGAGUCCACGCUCGAUCUCUAUAGACGAGACAACGACUACAGUCUUCAAUUGAAUCGUUGGGUUUUGAAACAGAUAGGUGCUUGGCCCGAAGGGCCGACGAAUUCAUUCGGCAAAAACACACUGAAGAAGGUCUUGAGAUUCAUGUGUCAUUCUUUAAUAGUUUUCACCGUGGUACCCACUAUAUUGUAUAUAUUGUUCGAAGAGAAAGAUUUUCGCUUCAAAUUGAAGGCAGUAGGACCAGCGAGUCAUUGUCUCAUGGGCGAAAUCAAUUACUGUUCACUCUUGCAUCACAACAAACGAAUGCGUAAAUCCAUCGAGCAUAUGGAGACAGACUGGCGAAUGGCGGGAAGAGAGCAUGAUCGAACAAUAAUGUUGAAGAACGCCCGGAUAGGACGAAUCAUAGCAGGUGUUUGUGCGCUGAUCAUGCAAGGUGGUGUGUUAUGUUACAACUUAGCAAGAGGACUAUCACCAAUAAACGUGGUGAUAGGUAAUGAGACCGUGACAAUAGGUCGCUUACCGUGCCCGUCAUACAACAAGAUCGUGGAUACCAGAUUCAGUCCGGUGUACGAGGUUGUGCUUGCGCUGCAAUGCCUCUCGACUUUCGUAGUGAACAAUGUCACAGUCGGUGCGUGUGGUCUUGCCGCAGUUUUCGCGAUGCACGCCUGCGGUCAGCUCAGCGUAGUGAUGUCGCAUCUCGAAGAACUCGUUGACGAAAAACGAGACAAGCUUCAGUUAAGAUUGGCGAAUAUUAUAGAGCGGCAUCUACGAGUAUUGAGGUUUCUCUCGCGUAUGGAGACUAUAAUGCGUCAGAUAUGUUUUGUGGAGUUAGUCGGAUGUACGUUCAAUUUGUGCAUGCUAGGAUAUUAUACCAUUACGGAAUGGCAAGAAGAAAGUGCGAACACUAUAAUAACAUAUAUCAUGAUCCUCACAGCAAUGAUGUUCAAUAUUUUCAUAUUUUGUUUCAUCGGUGAACUUGUAACGGAACAGUGUAAAAAAGUCGGUGAGGCAGCUUAUAUGACAAACUGGUAUCAUUUGCCGCAUAAAACUGCUCUCGGUCUAAUUUUAAUAAUUUUACGGUCAAGUAUCGCUAUUAAAAUUACAGCUGGAAAAAUAUUUCAUAUGUCAAUCCCAACUUUCGGCGUUGUGAGUAUAUAAAAAUUUUUAAUUUGUUACAAUUAUACUAUAAAUAAAUUAUAAAUAUUUAUUUAUUGUGUAUUUUUUUUACUAAUGAUAUUCAAACCCUUAUAAGUGUAUGAAUAAAAUGUAACAAAGAAUUAUAUCAUUACGUGCACGGUAUUCUAUGAUCUGAAUUAAUUACUGAAAUUAAACAUUUCAGGUGAUUAAAACAUCUGUUGCUUAUUUAAAUAUGCUUCGAACAUUGACCAUGUAAAUAUAACAAAAAGUGGUUACGCUAUAUAUU